AUCCAACCUCUUCUCUCUCCAUCAUCCAACUCACCCAAUCAUCCAAUCUAACAAGUAUCCAGCUGUCCACUUGAAUACAUAUCACGUACUAUCAGAACAAUUCCAACACGAUGGUCAAAGGUUCAGACGUUUUACUCAUCAUAGUAGCUAUCAUCUUCCCUCCUGCAGCUGCUGCUUUCAUUGCUGGUUGUUGUUCUGCAGAUUUCUGGAUCAACGUUUUGUUGACUAUCCUUGGUUAUCUACCAGGUCACAUUCACGCUUUCUGGCUCAUUUACAAACGUAUCAAAGCUGAGGAAAUGUACGGUGUUUCCGGAUAUCGUUACUUGGGUAAUGGGAAUUUCGUCGGGGGUGGACCAGGUGCUGGUGCUCCUGUCGGAGCUGCCGCGGCACCUGGUCAACAACCAAACUAUGGUUCUACUGGCCAAUAUUGAGAGAUCCAGUUCGUAUUUGACUCUGGCAGAAGGAGAUUCCGUAGAUGUAAGACAAAUGUUCCCAGAGCCGUACCUGAUAUGUGAAUAACAUCAUUGUUUUCAGA